AGUGUCUGCAUUUGAAUGCGCGUGAUUCGUCAUAAAACAUCGAAACCUGACAGGCGGAUUAUUGAACGUAUUAUGGGGAGUUUAGGCGGCACUGUUGCCAGAAGCAUUGAGAGUCGUGGCAUCGUGAGUUGUCCAAGUAUCAGCAGUCUUAUCAGCAGUGGCGGCACAAGCUCGACAGGACCAAAUUUGGCAGCCCUCUCGAGUUUGGCAGCCUUGUCUUCAGCGAUGGAAACAACGCCCAACUCUUCCACAUCAAUAGCAGCAGCUAGCAGAAGAUUGUACGUCAAAGAGUUGCUUAGAACGUUUCAAGGUUUACCUAGUGUGGAGUAUGAACAUAAUCCUUUUAAAAGUAGUGGAAGCAGUAUGAUGGGUUUACACAGCAAUUUUGGGAGUAACUCCGCUCCUCCACCCCUGGAUUUGUCGGAAUUCCCGUCUCUCUCAUCCAAAAACACUGGUAGUUCUCAACCCAAUCCCAUGGCUGGUAGACAACCUUACGUUGGUAUGGUCAAGCAACCCACUCCUGAAACGUCGGAGUUUACCAUGAGUAGUGAAGAUUUUCCAGCGUUACCUGGAUCACAAGCAAACCCAACGGGUAAAAUUUUCUCACAUUUCCCAGAUGAUGGUCUCUCGGGGAAUGAAAAGAAGUCCAGUUCCAGUGCCAGCACAGAUACCUUAUCGGAUGCGGCGAUUGUCAUAAGACCUGUGGAAAAGAGUCAGGCAAAAAGAGGGAUACAAACCUCGCAUGAUGGAAAAGUGACCAAUAUCCCCGGGGGCAUGGUAACCGAUCAGUUUGGUAUGGUGGGUCUCUUAACGUUCAUCAGAGCGGCGGAAACAGACCACAAUCUUGUUUAUCUAGCUUUAGGGUCUGAUCUCACAACACUGGGACUUAAUCUUAAUUCUCCGGAAAAUCUCUACCCCAAUUUUGGUGGUCCGUGGGCGGAAACUCCCUGCCGACCCCAAGAUAUUGACUACCAUGUACCCCAAGAAUAUUUAACAAACCAACAAAUCAGAGGAAAAUUGGCACCGGUGAAAUUCGAUAGAUAUGGAGAAGACCUCUUGUUUUAUAUGUUUUACUCUAAUGCUGGUGAUAUGUUACAAAUACUAGCUGCAAUGGAAUUGUACAACAGAGACUGGAGAUAUCAUAAAGAGGAGAGAGUUUGGAUUACGAGAGCACCAGGCAUGGCACCAACGGAAAAAGGGCCUAGCUAUGAGAGAGGCACGUACUUCUAUUUUGAUGCCCAGAAUUGGCGAAAAGUCCCCAAAGAAUUUCACCUUGAGUAUGACAAGCUCGAAGACCGGCCUCACCUACCCAUUCCAGGAUAUCCUCAGAAUUACCCACCCUCUUCUGCACUGUGACUACUCUCACCACUGCCAUGCCCAGUACAUUGUAGAUGGGCUUAGGUUACCAGGUUACCUAUGCCUAGAUUUUUGUGGUUGAAUCAAAGCAAGAUUUACCAAAACUGAUAUUUUAUUACAAAAAAUAAAAAGAAACCGAGAAUGAACCUGUCCAUUUAAAAUCUUCCAGUUGCAAUGCGUGUUAAUCUGUACAGUAAAAAUAGUGCAUUAAUUUUUUAUCCGUGGCUUUUUCAUAAGAGGGGCAGAGCCACAAGGAGAAAGCCCUGAAUAGUCGUUCGCAUCAAGCGGAUGUGUGCAACCAUGGGAUUUGACCCCUCGUGACAUCAUGACACCUUUUUGAUAAAGAGAAAAAAAAAAAAGAUUUGAUAAAUUAUGCUUUUGGAAAAACCUUUAUUUUUCUAUUAGAAUUCUUUUGAAGUUAGAUAUAUUUUAGCUUGAUGCUAAGGUAGAUCUAGAUCCUAAGGUUGAACUACUGCCUUUUAUUAUUAUGUUAUUUUGCUUUAUUUUAAAAGCAUGAGGCGAGCAUUCAUCACAAAUGGAAAGCUCAUCCUUGAAUAUGGUGACUUUUGUCACACAAACAGUAAUAGUACGGGUGGUCAAGCCCACUUUGCUGUGUGGAAGAGGUCUUGGGCUCUUAAAAAACAAAUGUACAGUCACUGUGUCUUGUUGCCACAGAAGGUCCCAUCGGCACCUUCCACGGCAAUCGAGUCGAGGAAAUGUCAGCGCAUGCAAGGGGUCAUGUCAGUUGUCAUACAGAAUUUGCUUUAUUAAAGGGUGCCUGUUAUAGUAAUACUUCUGCAAGCUUCCAAUGUUUCAGCACUGAGGUAUGUGGACAUUAUAAUUUGGUAAAUGCUGUGACAAACUGGUAUUGGUAAUUAUGACAAAUGGCCGAGAGGAGGAAGAUUGAAAUUGCCCAAGUUUUGUGCAUUGGUACCAGAACACAUGUUUGAGCUAAUGAUUCCAUCUUAGAUUGUCAUCAGAUUUAUACUUUUUGCACCAGUUUUCAACAAAGGUAGCUAUAUGUCAUGUGAGUUUCUGGAGAAGAUUGUGAAUAGGUAGUAUGAAUGAUCUGCAUAGAAGAUUCCAAGAGUUUCGGUACUUACAUUUCAUUCUUGUCACUAUUAUGUGUGCACUCUUGUAAGUAAGGGUUAGAUAAGGAAAAGGUAUUGCAUGAUUAAUUUAUUUAUGAAUGUUUCAGUUAUGUCGGUGAGUUGUGAGUGCAUGUGUGCUUGUAAAAAGCUUGGAGAUGGUAAUUGGAGAAUGUUUGAUAAAUGUUUUGUUAUAAUGAAGGGAAAGCUGGGAGGUGGGAGGAUUAGAUGAUAGUUGAAUUUACAAAAUUUUCUAUUAUAGAAUUAAAGGUGAUGCUUUACAAAAUAUAUUUGUUUUAGGUCAGCUACUUUUGAAUAUCAGUGGAGGUCUUACAAUGAGGAUGGUACAAGUCUUGAAUAAGGGUAAAGCAUGACAUUUAUGAUGGAAUUAUAGACUGUAUUUUGAAAUUGACUAAUCCAAGUGAAUUGUAAUAUAUUAUUUCAUUUUCAUUUUUAAGUUUUACUCUUGUAACAAUGUAUAUAGUAUUUGCUGUACAUACGGUUAUCAGUUUCUUAAUGUGAAAUAGAUACCAAAUACACAACUUUCAAGAAUUUUUCACUUGAACUCAGAAUAGCUUGAAAUAGUCAACGUUUAAAAUACAGCAGGGGGCUUGUGGAGAUGUGUGGAAGCUUGAUACUAUUCUUCUCCCAUUUGUAAUGGUAACAAUGUUAAAAAGAUUUUAGUAAAUUGUUCGGUAGAAAUUUGCAUUCUGAUAUUGAUUAAAUGUGUCUCGGUUUGGUUUUCGUGUUAAGUCAUUUGUGUAUUUUAUGUUGUGUUUUUUUUUUUUCGUAUUCGGUCUCCGUUGGGUUAUGAAAAUUUUCUCUUUUGGUUCAAGGUCAAAAAAGUCAGAUUGCUGACACAUUUCAUUUUGAAAGAGCUUCCCAGAUGCUCAAGAUCAAGAGUACAGGAAAUAUCUUUGAUGUCACAGUGUUCACAUUAACUCUAGCAAGUACAAAGCUAAUCAUUUUGCAUUGGGAGAGAACAGGUGUUUGUUUCAUAAUUGGUUUUAGUAAAUAUUUCAUUACAUGAACAUUUUCCUUGAUGUUUUUCUUGAUGUAUGUAUAGUUAUGUACACAGUCACUUAUAUUAUUCUGUAUCAAAUAGAUCUUCUUUUACAGUAA